AUGGCGAUUGGUUUGAAUGCAAGGACCAAAUCACGUAUUUAUUUUAUGCGUAAUUUCAAUAACUGGAUCAAAAGUAUGUUGAUAAGUCAGUACAUCGAGAAAGUCACUUCCAACAAAGUAGGUGUACCUUUACGAGUCUUAGACAUGUGCUGUGGUAAAGGUGGUGACUUGUACAAGUGGCAAAAAUCUAAAAUAACACACCUAAUAUGUGCAGACAUCGCUGAUGUAUCCGUUGACCAAUGCAAGACACGUUACGAAGACUUGAAAGCCAAAAACGACAACAGCAGGUUCCCUAAACUAUUCACAGCCGAGUUUAUAGCUAGUGAUUGCACCUUAGUAUCACUAGAUCUAGUCAGUUGCCGAUUUGCGUUCCACUAUUGUUUCGAAACACUUCCACAAGCCGAACGUAUGUUACAAAAUGCUUCUGAGUGCCUCAGAACUGGAGGAUACUUCAUCGGUACUAUUCCUAACGCUAAUGAAAUCAUGGCCCGUUUCGGCAACGAAGUGUACAACAUAGAAUUCCAAUUCGAUGAUUCUAAUAAAGUGCCUUUAUUCGGUGCAAAAUACUUAUUUCAACUUGAAGGCGUUGUGAAUUGCCCUGAAUUCUUAGUACAUUUUCCAACUUUAGUUAAAUUAGCUAAAAAAUACGGCUUGGAAUUGGAGUCUAAAGAAACGUUUGAAGAAUUGUUUGAACGAGUUUCACCCAGUAAUAAUGGAGCUUAUAUGUUGACGAAGAUUCAAGCUUUGGAGACUUAUCCGGCAUUUGCUAACUCGUCUUUGAGUGUGGCUGAGAGUGAAUACGAGCACGCAAAGAAUCAUUAUGAGAAGACACAUCGGGAGAAGAAGUUUUAAAAAAUUGGUACUUUGUCUAAGAGUGAAUGGGAAGCUAUUUCUUUAUAUAUGACUUUUGCCUUCAAAAAAGUUAAAACUACAUGGAACUCCGAAGGAAAACCUGAAUAUAAAUAA